AUGAGUGAUAAAGACAAGGAUGAAAUGACCAGGAAACAAGAUGUGUCUUUACCAACCUCAGAGAACUCCGAAGUUUCAACUCAUAGAGAAUUGGGGGUGAAAUCGAACCAAGAGGAAAGUAACUCUGGGAGUAGCAAAUUAGCAAAUAAGGACACCAAUAAGUCUGUGAAUCCUAAACACGGUGAUGACUGUGAUAAUGGGCACUUUGACGACGGAGGAGUCAGCUCCAAGGAAGAGGGAGAAAGGUUGAUUAGUCAAAUGGCCAAUGCUCUUCGUAAGGCCCGACAAGAUGGUCUUCCUCAGUCUUCGAACAAGAAACCCCCACUGUCAGCCGCCUCCACUUACCUGAUGAAUCACAAUAUUCGGAAGAGGAUUCUUCAUAUUGGCAAGCCCUCCAAGUUGCCUGCUGAAUGCACUGCAUCCGGUGGUGGAAUUGCCUAUCCAAUACACACCAAGUUCAUCUUUAAUUACCGAAUCGGCGAUCCGGAUACACCGGAGGACUUUCUGGAUGAUCAUACUAAGAAGUAUGGAAAGAAGAUGGAGUUGUAUAGUGGAAACGACUUUCAGAUUGAGGUGAGUUAUGUGGUCUUUGCGAACAGAAUUUUCUAA